AUGCAACUGAAGGCAGCGGCCUUAAUCUUCGGCCUCUUGGCCAUUGCAGGGGCCCAGGCCGAUGUCAGUGCCGACCAGGUGGCCGAUGUGGUGUGGAAAUACUUCACCCAGCUGAGCGGCAACGCCAAGGAGACGGUGGACCAGCUCCAGCAGUCAGAGAUCGGCCAACAGCUCCACAUCCUCUUCCAGGACAACCUCCAGACCGUCAGCACCUAUGCUGGGGACCUGCAGAAGCAGCUGAUCCCCUUUGCCACGGACCUGCAAGCUCGGCUGACCGAGGACUCCCGGAAGCUGAAGGAGCAGAUCCGCCGAGAGCUGGAGCAGCUGCAGAUUCAGCUGUCCCCGUUUGCUGACGAGGUCCACCAGCAGAUCAGCAGAAACGUCCAGGAGCUGCAGGCCAAGCUGAGCCCUUAUGCCGAGGAGCUGGGCAAGCAGGUGGAAAAGAACUCGGCAGACCUGCGACAACAGCUGGCGCUCUUCAGGCAGCAGCUGCAGGCCAAGCUGGACGAGAACAUCGGCAACCUCCGGACCUCCAUAGCCCCCUACGCUGAUGAGCUGCAGCAGCAGAUCAGCCAGAAAGUGGAUGACACCAAAAGGCAACUGGCCCCCUACGCUGACGAGAUCAAGGCCAAGGUGGACGAGAGCGUGGAAGAGCUGCGCAGGAGCCUGAGUCCCUACACCCAGGAGGUCCAAGAGCAGCUGACCCGCCAGCUGGAGGGGCUCUCCUUCCAGAUGAAGAAGAGAGCUGAGGAGAUGCAAUCCCAGCUCCUGGAGCAGACUGAGGAGCUGCGCCUGAAGCUGAGCCCCUAUGCCCAAGAGCUACGGGAGAAGCUGGAGGAUGGCGGGGCGGACCUGCGUGAGUCCCUGACCCUCUAUGUCACAGGCCUGGAUGGCAAGGUCGGACAGCAGAUGGAAGACUUCCGCCAGACCGUGACACUCUACGGGCAGAACUUGAACAGGUUGCUGGUGCAGAAUAUGGAGGAGAUGAGGCAGAAGCUGGAGCCCCACACCGGCAACGUUGAGGAUCACCUCGUGUUUCUGGAGAAGGACGUGAGGGACAGGCUCAACUCCUUCUUCGACAGCAUGAAGCAGCUUGGAAACUAA